AUGUUCAAGAACAACUUCUACUCCUAUGUGGGUGGUACUAGAUCGGAUAUAGCCAUGAGUAUUGAAUCCUAUUUCGAAGUUAUGGAAGUCUUAUUGGAUUAAUAUUUGAGUAGAGAAAUGCUGUUCAAUUUCAAGAAUUGCAGUCAAGUGCUCAAUGACAUAGUGGUUUCAGCUCCAUUAGCCUUUUUGCCUUUCUCGCUCUUGGGAACACAAUGGCUCUUUGCAGGUGCUAACAGAAAGGGAGCUAAUAAAGCUUAUGGGCCCAUACUUGCAUCUGUACAUAUGUUAGUAUUAUGGAGAGCUUACACUGCUCCAAUCCCAAAUAAAUUAUACACUAAAAUAAUCGCAGAUCCUACGGUCGAUGGGUAAUAUAUCAGAACUCAAUUGUCUGUCAUGAAGCCAGGCUUAUGGCAGGUAUUGAGCAGGGAAUUGUAUCAUAAAGGAUAUAGAUUUCCUGAAAUGCUAGAGUUCAAGACCGCCACAGAAUUCCCAACUGGAUUUGUCAAGCCCUAUUGA